GGGCCAGAGAGGAACGCACGCCGACUGUGCGUACAGCAGCUGGGCGAGAGACGACGUCCUCUAGCAGUGACAACAACAACAAGAACAACAACAACAAGAACAACACGUGCACCGGGCCAGUGAGCGCAUGAAGAAGAUGUCCCUCUGCCUCCAGUGAAGCGAGAGGUGCAAAGCGGACAUCUGACACGAUGGCCGCGGAGAUGUCGCGGCAGCCUGCGCUCGCGGCGUUGGUGCUCCUGCCGCUGCUGUGCGCGAGAGGCCUGCACGGACAACGCGACCGCCCGGAGCCCCCCUUCCGCUUCACCGACUCGGCCUACAACGCCACCGUCUACGAAAACUCCGCCGCCAGGACGUACGUGCAGAGUCACCACAAGAUGGGGAUCUUCGUCGCCGGCCCGGCCGUCGAAGUCAAGUACAAGAUCGUGUCCGGGGACGAGGAGAACGUAUUCAAGGCCGAGGAGCUCGUCGUGGGCGACUUUUGCUUCCUGCGUGUCAGGACCAAGGGCGGGAACAGCGCGACGUUGAACCGCGAGGUGCGCGACCGAUACACGCUGACGGUGAAGGCGGCCGUCAAGAACGGGCACGCGGAGGCGUUCGUCAGGGUCUUCGUCCAAGUGAUUGACCUCAACGACUUGAGGCCGUUGUUCUUGCCCACGGCGUACAGCGCGAGCAUCGGCGACGACACGCCGGCGCGCACCAGCGUGCUCCGCGUCACCGCCACGGACGCCGACGUCGGCCCCAACGGGCGCUUCUACUACAGUUUCGCGCAGCGCACCGACGCGUUUGCCGUGCACCCGACGAGCGGCGUGGUGACGCUCGCCAGGAGGCUGACGGAGCACGGCGACGUGGCGCGCCACGAGCUCGACGUGCUGGCCGUCGACCGCGGGGGGCUGAGCAGCUCCGCGCGGCUCGCGGUGCACGUGGGCCGAGCCAACGCCCACGCCCCGCUCGUCGCCGCCGCCACCGCGCUCGUGCCGUCGCCGUCGGACGCCGACCCCCUGUACGCCGUGCUCGCCGUGGAGGACGGCGACGCCGGCCCCGACGGGGAGAUCGAGGCGGUGGACGUCGUCGCCGGCGACCCGCUCAAGAAGUUCUCGGUCUCUCCGAUGCGCGGCACCGGCGGCUCGGACUUCGGAGUGAAGCUCACGGGGGAGGUGGAUUGGGCGGCUUUUCCAUUCGGGGUGAACCUCACCGUGCAGGCCCGAGACAGGGGGAAGCCUCCCAAAUAUUCGCCUCUCCGCGUGGUCACGGUCCGCGGGCCUCGGACGAGUGCCGUCAGCGCGUUCCAUCAGAGCGUCUACAGGGGCAGCAUCAAGCGCUGCUAUCCUCCCCAGGCCGCCGUCCUCAUGGUCAAAGCCUCUUCCAGCGCGGAGCGUUUUAAAUACGUCAUCCAAAGCGGUGCAGACAGCGGCUUUUUUAACAUAAAUCCCACCACAGGACUUAUCGCCAUCGACAAAUCUAUAGCGGUGGUGGAAAAAGACCAUUUUGAAUUGGAUAUUGGAACCGACGUCGGCUCGGGCGUGACCAAGGUUAUAAUCAACAUCACGGACACCAACGACAAAGCCCCGGUGUUCGAUCGGCCCGCCUACAGCGCCGUCUUGAGCGAGAACAUUCCGGUGGGCACCUUCGUCCUCAGCGUGCAUGCCACAGACAGGGACAAGGGGGAGAACGGCUACGUGACGUACAGCAUAGCCAACGUCAUUCCCGUCCCAUUCAGCGUACACCCUUACUCGGGCAACAUCAGCACGGCGGGCCCGGUGGACUACGAGCUGAUGAGCCAGGUCUACUCGCUGCGCGUGCGCGCCUCGGACUGGGGGACUCCUUACCGUCGGGAGGCGGAAGCGAUCGUGACGGUCUCCGUGACGAACCUGAACGACAACGCGCCCAUCUUCGAGAAGGUGGACUGCGUGGGCACGCUUCCCCGCGACGUGCGGCUGGGAGAGCAGAUCGCCACCGUGUCGGCGAUCGACAUGGACGAGCUUCAGCUGGUGCGCUACGAGUUCGUGUCGGGAAACGAGCAGGACUUGUUUCACCUCCACGCGGACUCCGGCGUCUUGACGUUGAAACGCGCUCUCACCGACAUUCCGAUCGGAUCGGGGGCUUACCGCCUCAAGGUCACGGCCACUGACGGGGAACGCUUCGCAGAGCCUAUGUUCCUAAACAUCUCGGUCGUGAACGCUCCCGGAGCCGUGCCGUCGUUGGAGUGCAAGGAUACGGGGAUCGCCAAGAGGCUGGCCGAGAGGCUCCACCAGGCGGGCAAACUGCGAGAUAAACUACGCUCGGAUGAUUCCUUCACCGACACUCACAACGUAAAUCUGCACUCUCCGGCAUUUGAUGCUUCUCGGACAGCCGCUGUCGAGGUACGCGAGGACUUGCCCAUCGGUGCAGAAGUUAUGCAAAUAGAGGCUAAGGAUUUGGACAGUGGCUUCAAUGGAAAGCUGGUCUACGCUCUGUCGGGUGGGAACGAUCUGAGCAACUUUGUCAUUGACACCGAGACGGGCGUCUUGAGUGUUUUGUUACCAUUGGACCGCGAGGCUGUAGACUCCCACCUUCUGAACAUCACCGCUUACGACCUGGGCAUACCCCAGCGGGCCGCUAGCACGAGCCUCAAAAUUGUCGUCCUCGACGCCAACGACAACCGGCCAGAGUUCUCAAAGAGGACGUACCUGGUGAACGUGUCUGAGAGCGCUCAACCGGGACGCAAAGUGCUUCAGCUGGAAGCCGUGGACAGGGACGAGGGCGACAAUGGCGCCGUGCGCUACCGCCUGCUGUCCGACACCGACAAGUUCCGCGUCGACGGCGAAACGGGCGUGCUGGAGCUGUCGGCCGUGCUCGACCGCGAGAGGCGGCCCGAGCACACGCUGCUCGUGGAGGCGCUGGACCAGGCCCGGACGGAGAGGCGGCGCUCCUCCGUCGCCACGGUGAUCGUCAAGGUGGACGACGUCAACGACAACCCCCCCGCGUGCGUGCCGCCGACCUUCCGCUUCCGCGUGCUGGAGGACGUUCCCGUGGGGGCGCUCCUCGGCUGGCUGGACGCGCACGACCCCGACCUGGGGCCGGGAGGGCAGGUGCGCUUCUCCCUGCGGGAAGACGAUGACGACGGCGGCGAGCGCACGUUCGAGGUGGACAGGACGAGCGGCGCCCUGCGGCUGGCGCGGCGGCUUGAUUUCGAGACGCGGCAGUUCUACAACCUGACGCUGCGCCUGCGCGACCGCGACGCGUCGGCGCCCCUCUCGUCCAGCUGCCAGGUGGAGGUGGAAGUGGUGGACGUGGACGAGAACGAGCACGCGCCCCUCUUCUCCAGAUUCGUGGCCGAUUGCGCCGUGCCAGAGGACGCGCCUGUCGGCAGUCACGUGUUGACCGUCGAAGCCACGGACGAGGACGAGGGGAUGAACGGGGAGGUGCGCUACUCCAUCCGAAACGGCUCCGGCCUUGGCGUCUUCAACAUUCAUCCUGAAACAGGGGCGAUCGGCACGGCGCAGCUGCUGGACCGCGAGACGGCGAGCCGCUACUGGCUCAUGGUGUACGCUACGGACCGGGCCGUCGUCCCACGCUUCUCCACACUCCACGUGUACGUGGAGGUGCAGGACGUCAACGACAACGCCCCGCAGACCUCCGAGCCCGUCUACCUGGCCGAGGUGGCGGAGAAUUCUCCCAAAGACGUGCCGGUGGUUCGCGUGGACGCCUGGGACCCAGACACGGGCUCAGGCGAGGGGCUGAAAUUCCGCAUCGUCAGCGGAAACCCACAGGGCUUCUUCGCCAUCAACUCGAGCACAGGUGUCAUCAACACGACUGCCAGAAAGUUGGACCGAGAAACUCAGUCCGAGCACAAUCUAGAGGUGUCCAUCGUGGACGGUGGCGAGCCCCCGCUGCAGACGACGGCGCGCGUGGUGGUGCGCGUCUCCGACGAGAACGACAACGCCCCGCAGUUCGUGGAGAAGCGCGUGCAGGUGAAGGCGUUGGCGCGCGAGCGCUCGGUGGCGCGCGAGGUCGUGUGCCGCGUGUACGCCCGCGACGCCGACCACGGCGCCAACGCCGAACUCUCGUACUCCAUCGACGGGGGGAACGAGGCCGGCAAGUUCUUCAUCGACCCCAAGGACGGCGUCAUCUCCACCAGGAACCCGUGCCCCGUGGGGACGUACGACUUCCUCACGAUCAAAGUCGUCGACAACGGAAGGCCUCUGAAGUCCUCUUUGGCUAAGCUGGACGUGGAUUGGAUAGCCAGGCCCGACCCGCCGCAGACACCGGUGGCGUUUACCGAGAGCCUCUACGCGGUGUCCAUCAUCGAGAUUGAGCCUGUGGGCUUCAUGCUGCUCGUCCUGCCCACGCAGCCCACAAAUGGCCUCCGCUGGUUCGACAUCACAGGUGGCAAUGUGGACAACAAAUUCCACAUUAAGAAACACACCGGCACUCUGGAGCUGGCCAAGAACCUGGAUGCUGAGCGAAUGUCCUUCUACAACCUGACUGUGAUGGUGACCGAUGGGACCAACUCUGCAAUGACGCAGGUGGAGGUGAGCGUCAUCAACACCAACGAGCAUCGGCCGCAGUUCUCGCGGACGCGCUACGAGGUGAGCGUCUCCGAGGAGACGCCUCCCAACACGGAGAUCCUGCGGCUGAACGCGACGGACCGCGACGACACGAGCUCGCUCACCUUCUCCAUCGUGAGCAGCACCGACGUCGCCAGCCUGCGCAAGUUCAAGCUCGACUACAACACGGGCGCGCUCUCCACCGUCGAGAGCCUGGACCACGAGACCAAGCAGAGCCACAUCCUCACCGUCAUGGUGAGGGACAGCGAGAUCCCCGUGCAGAAGGCGUACGCGACGGUGGUGGUGAACGUGCGAGACUCCAACGACCACGCGCCCCUCUUCACCAGCCGCCACUACGAGGGCCGCGUGGUCGAGUCGGCCGCCGUGGGCUCCGCCGUGCUGGAGGUCGUCGCCCUCGACCGCGACAGGGGCCCCAACGCCGAGGUCACCUACAGCAUCGAAGCCGGAAACGUGGGGAAUUCGUUCACCAUCCACCCCACGAUGGGCAUCCUCUCCGUGGCCAAGGAGCUGGACAGGGCCGUGGUGGAGGCCUACGAGCUGGCGGUGAGGGCGCUGGACAGGGGGGAGCCGCCCCGCAGCGCCACCGCCGCCGUCCGCGUACUCGUCACCGUCGCGGACAACGCCCCGCCGAGAUUCACCUCCAAAGACUACUCGGCGGAGGUCAGCGAAGGUGCCAGGCCCGGGAGCUUCGUGCUCAUGGUGACGGCCUCCAGUCGCUCGACGGUCAAUUACGAAAUAAGGGACGGGAAUUUUGAGGAUACCUUUUACGUGAAUCCGACCUCCGGGGUCAUCACCACCAAAGAGCUCCUGGACUAUGAACGGAAGCCAUCGUACCAACUGACAAUACAGGCCACAAACAUGGUGGGGCUCUCGACCAAUGCGUCCGUGUCGAUCCACCUGAGCGACGAGAACGACAAUGCGCCCGUGUUCGAUCGCUCGCAGUACCGCGGGGUCGUCAGCGAGGAGGCGCAGGCACACACCGUGGUGCUCAACGACAAGAACGUCCCCCUCGUCAUCCGCGCCACCGACCUGGACAGUGAACAGAACUCGCUGCUCGUCUAUCAGAUCGUCGAGCACGAAGCCCAGACGUACUUUUCCAUCGAUUCCAGCACGGGGGCCAUCAAGAUGAUCAAGGUGCUCGAUCACGAAAAGACGCCCGAGUUCCACUUCCAGGUGCGCGUGUCGGACAGCGGCAGCCCGAAGCUUUCCGCCGAAACGCCCGCCAACGUGACCAUCACGGUGCUGGACGCCAACGACUCUCCGCCAAUAUUCUCGAGGUCCGUGUACGAGACGGUGCUGCUCACGCCGACCUACAGCGGCGUCCGCCUGCUGAGCAUGUCGGCCACCGACCCGGACACUGACGCCUCGCUGACCUUCAGCAUCUCGACUGGAAACGUCGGAGACAAGUUCGCCAUCAAUGCUCGGACCGGUGACAUCUCGGUACAGAAUGCCACUCACCUUCGGAGCCGAUACGAGCUCGCGGUCAAGGUGUUCGACGGGAAAUUUGUGAGCACGGCACAGGUGAAGGUUUCGGUUCGGGAGAUAUCCACCGGCGAACUCCGGGUUCCGCAGACGUACUCCGCGAGCGUUCUGGAGAACAGCACAGAGGUCGUCGUCCUGGCCGUGAUCGCGGCCGUGGGCAGCGGCGUGAACGAGCCGCUGACCUACAGCGUGCUCAACCCGAGCGGGAUGUUCGAGAUCAAGCCGACCGCGGGGAUCCUGCAAACGACGGGCGUUCCGUUUGACAGGGAGAAGCAGGAGCGCUACGAAGUGUUAGUGGAGGUGAGGAGCGACGCCCGGGCGCGGCCGAACAUCGCGCACGCCGUGGUCACGGUCCGCGUGGAGGACGUCAACGACAAUGCCCCGAUCUUCGUCAACCUGCCGUACUACGCCGUCGUGGAGGUGGACGCGGCGCCGGGAAGCGUCGUGUACACGAUCGCGGCCGUCGACAGGGACGUCGGGCGGAACGGCGAGGUGAGCUACUCGCUGAAGGAGGAGCACGAGUACUUUGACGUGGAGGCACGCAGCGGCGACGUCUCGCUGAGGAGGAGUUUCACCGCGGACAUGUCGAGCAAGGACUUCACCGUGAACGUGGUGGCUACGGACUCCGGGGUGCCUCCAUUAUCGUCCGAAGUCAGCCUCCCGGUGACCGUUAUUAACAAGGCUAUGCCCAUAUUUGAAAGGCCGUUCUACAGUAAGUCAGUACCCGAGAACAUUAAGCCGCACACGCCAAUUCUUAACCUUCAGGCGAAGAGUCCAGAGGGCCUGCCUCUCAUUUUCAGCAUCACGGACGGUGACCCCUUCAACCAGUUCUCGAUCGACUUCAACACGGGCGUCGUGAAUGUCAUCGGCUCGCUGGACCACAGACAGCAGACGACCUUCAAGCUGACGGUGCGAGCCACGGACUCGGUGACGGGCUCGCACGCCGAGGUGAACCUGGACAUCCUCGUUCAGGACGUCAACGACAACCCUCCGCUCUUCUCGCAGAGCGCCUACGCCACCACACUGUCUGAAGCGGCGCUCAUCGGGAUCUCCGUCCUUCAGGUGAGCGCCACCGACGCCGACAUCGGCUCCAACAAGGCGCUCUACUACCAAAUUAUCAACAACGGGAAGAACAGCAGCGAGUGCUUUUACAUCGACUCCAGCAGCGGGCUUAUUUUGACCUCCAGAUUCCUGGAUUACGAGCAAAACCAGGUCCAUAAUUUCUUGGUGAGGGCGUCGGAUAGUGGCAUGCCCUUCCUUACCAGCGACGUUCCGGUGACGAUCACCGUCACCGACAUAAACGACAACCCUCCCGUGUUCAACCAACUGCUGUACGAAGCGUUUGUGAGCGAGCUUGCUCCGCGCGGCCACUUCGUCACCAGGGUGCAGGCUUCUGACGCCGACGCGUCAGACACCGACAAGCUCGAGUACAGCAUUCUCUCUGGCAACGACCACAUGAACUUCGUGGUCGACAGCAAGUCCGGCAUAAUCUCCAUCUCCAACCUACGCAAACAAACGCUGGCUCCGCAGUACCGCCUCAACAUCUCCGUGUCGGACGGGGUGUUCACGAGCACGGCCCAGGUGCACGUGAACAUCCAGAGCGCAAAUCUGCACAGCCCCAUCUUCGGCCAAAAUGAGUACGUGAAGGAGAUCCCGGAGAAUUCCGAGGUAGGCACCCUGCUCACCUUGGUGCAGGCCACCGACAAGGACUGGGGCCGCUGGGGACACGUGUCGUACUCCAUCGUGAAUCAGUUUGCGGGUGACAGGUUUACCAUCGACGAGAACGGGCAGAUUUUCACGAGCGAGCCCCUCGACAGAGAAGACCCGCUGGAAAGAGUCUUUGACAUUAACAUCAUGGCCAAGGACGGGGGAGGCAGGGUGGGCUUCACCACGGUGAAAGUCAUCGCCACCGACGAGAACGACAACAAGCCCACGUUUGUCACCAACGAGUACUUUGGGAACGUCCUUGCGAGCGCGGACAAGGGGACCGCGAUCCUGCAGGUCUUAGCCACGGACCCGGACGAGGGAAGCAACGCAGAUCUCGUCUACACGCUCUACAAAGGGGAGUCGGACUCCGCGGAGGACGUCCUGGAAGUGCAGCCCCUGACGGGACACAUCGUCACCAAGGAGAGCCUCGUUGGCCUGGAAGGCUCGCGGAUGUCGUUCUUCGUCAAAGCGGAGGACAAGGGGCCGGAGAGGAAGCACUCCGUCGUUCCCGUCUCCGUCUCCGUGCUGCCCGCCGACGCGGAGCUGCCGGCCUUCACGGAGGCGGCCUACGCGCUGACGGUCGCCGAGGACGCGGAGGUGGGCAGCGAGAUCGGCGCGGCGAGGCUCGCGGGCAACGACAGCGCCACCUACGCCGCGGUCCCCGGCGGCGGCGGAGCGGAGAACAACGCGGACGACACGUUCGUGGUGCUGAGCCAGACCGGGCGGCUGAAGGUGGCCAAGGCCCUCGACCACGAGACCGUGAGGAGCUACCGGUUCGGGGUCAAAGCCACGUACCGGCGGGACGAAGUGGACGUGGUCGCGCAGGUGCUGGUGACGGUGCACGUCGGGGACGUGAACGACAACCGGCCCGUGUUCGAGUCGAGCGUCUACGAGGGCGUGGUGAUGGAGAACCUCCCUGCUGGCGUGCCGGUCGUGCAAGUGAGAGCGACGGACCGGGACGGCGGCGCUAACGGGCAGCUGGCGUACAGCCUGGCGGAGGAGGCCGUCGUCGAGGGCGGCGCGGCUCGGGACCUCUUCUCGGUGGACGCCGAGAGCGGCUGGGUGCGCACGCUGCGCCCGCUGGACCGCGAGGCCCGGGCCGGGCACGAGCUGGUGGUCGUGGCGACCGACCUGGGCGACCCGGCGCGGCUGUCGGCCACGGCGAGCGUGCGCGUCGCCGUGGCCGACGCCAACGACUGCCCGCCGCGGUUCUCGCGCGACGCGUACGCCGGUGACGUGCCGGAGGACUCGGCGCCCGGCCAGGUGGUGGCCGUCGUCCGGGCGGACGACGCGGACGCCACGCCGGACAACGGGCAGCUGACGUACUACCUGACAGGCGGCGACCCGCUCGGCCAGUUCGCCAUCGGCUACAUUCAGGGCGAGUGGAAGCUGCACCUGAAGCAGCCGGUCGACCGGGAGGAGAGGGACCGCUACCAGAUCGAAGUGACGGCCACGGACGGCGCGUUUGUGAGCAAGGCCGUCGUGGACGUCGCCGUGCUGGACGCCAACGACAACAGCCCCGUGUGCGACAAGCUGCUCUACGCCGUGGCCGUGGCGGAGGACGUCGCUCCGGGGAUCUUCCUGCUGCUCGUCUCCGCCCGGGAUGCCGACGUCGGUGCCAACGCCGCCAUCCAGUACACGCUGCACGGGCCCGGAGCAGAGCACUUCCGAAUGGAUUCCGCCACGGGGGAGCUCUUCACCCUGGCGCCGCUGGACCGCGAGGCCGUCCCGGCCUACGCGCUGAGCGUGCGCGCCACCGACGGGGGCGGCCGCUCCUGCCAGGCGGAGAUCCUCGUGAGCCUGGAGGACGUCAACGACAACGCGCCGCAGUUCCCCGCGUCGCACUACGCCGUGUCCGUGUACGAGAGCACGGCCGUGGAGACGCUGCUCACGCGCGUGCAGGCCACCGACUCCGACCUGGGGCUCAACCGCAAGGUGACCUACUCCUUCUUGGACUCGGCCGGGGGUCACUUCGCCAUCGACGAGCGCUCGGGCAUCAUCAGCCUCAAGCGGCCGCUCGACCGCGAGCACCAGGCCGUGUACGAGCUGACGGUGCGCGCGGAGGACGGGGACGUCUUCCGGCCCCUCACCUCCACCGUGGGGGUCUCGGUGGCCGUCCUGGACGUCAACGACAACCCGCCGGCCUUCGAGCAGCGCGAGUACCACGCGGCGGCGCCGGAGGACGCGGCGCCGGGCUCCGCCGUUCUCUCCGUGCUGGCCAUCAGCAAGGACGCGGGCGCCAACGCGGAGGUCACUUACGGCGUCGUGAGCGGCAACGAGCAUGGCAUGUUCAGCAUCGACCACAAGCUGGGUGUGAUCAGCGUCGAGAAGGCCCUGGACUAUGAGACGUCUCGGGACUACUACCUGACGGUGCAGGCGAGCGACGGGGGAACGCCCUCGCUGAGCGGCGUCGUCACGGUGAACAUCAACGUGACCGACGUCAACGACAACGCGCCAGAGUUCAGCCGGCACGUGUACAGCGCCGUCGUGGGCGAAGACGCCUUGCCUGGCGACACCGUCAUCACGGUGGUGGCCGAGGACCGGGACGGGCCGCUCAACAGCGUCGUGCGCUACUCCAUCGUCGGCGGGGACCAGGAGGAACGCUUCGCCGUCGACGAGGUGUCGGGCACCCUGCGCGUGCGUCGGGAGCUCGACAGGGAGAAGGUGUCUGGCUACUCGCUGACGGUGCGGGCCACGGAUAACGGGACCCCGCCACUGUCGGCCGACGUGCUCGUAAACGUCGACAUCUCUGACAUCAAUGACAACCCUCCCUCCUUCUCGGAGCAAAGCUACACGGCCGUCAUCCAGGAGAAUCAGCCUCCGGGCACCAGCAUAGUGCGGCUGCUUGUGAUGGACAUGGACGCGUCGCACAACGGCCCCCCCUUCGGCUUCAGCAUCGUCGCCGGGAACAACGGCAGCGAGUUCGCCAUCGACCAGGCGGGCGUCGUCACCGCCGCCGUCAGAUUCGCCAGCGGUGGCCGACGCGAGCAUCUGCUCACCGUGCAGGCCCAGGACAGCGGACACCCGCACCUCUCGUCGGCCUGCCAGGUCCGCGUGCGCAUCACGGAGGAGAGCGUGCACCCCCCGGCGAUCAUCCCGCUCGAGAUCGCCAUCACCGUGCCGGGAGACGCCGAGGCUCCCGGCGGCGUCAUCGGCAAGAUCCACGCCACGGACCAGGACGUGUACGACACGCUCACGUACAGCCUGCACUCGGACCACGGCCGACUCUUCGCCGUCAACAGCCGCGACGGCACGGUGAUCGCGCUGCCGGGCCUCGACCCGGGCCGAUACGACCUCAACGUGACGGUGAGCGACGGCAAGCACGCGCGCCUCGCCAACGUGACGGUGCGGGCGCAUCGCGUGUCGGCCGAGGAGCUCAACGCCUCGGUGGUGCUGCGCCUGGCCGACAUCUCUCCUGACAAGUUCGUCGGCGUCACGUAUCCGAGCUUCCAACGCGCCCUGCGCAGCAUCCUCAACCUCAAGCACGGAGGGAUCCGCGUGCUCGGCGUGCAGACGGCCGCUGGGGCACGCCAGCUGGACGUGCUGCUCGUGGCCGAGAAGCCCAGCACCUACUUCUACAGGCCGGCCCUGCUGGCGCAAGCGCUCAACGCCAGCCUGGCGCGGCUGGAGGAGAGCACGGGGGUGCGGGCGCUGGGCGUCCCACUCGUCUCCUGCGCCGCGGGCACCGGCGGCUGCCCCCAGGAUCAGUGCCUCCAGAGGGCGACGCUGGAGGAUGGCGCCGUGUCGACGCACAGCACGGCGCGGCUCAGCCUCGUGUCCCCCAAGCACCGCGUUGCCGGCAUCUGCCUCUGCUCCGAACAAGAUUGCGUGCGUGAUCCGUGCUUGACAAACCCGUGUCUGAGUAAGGGGGAGUGCGUGCUUGAUGUCUCCAACCCAGCAGGCUUCGUGUGCGUCUCCGUCGUGUCGUUUGCCGAGGGGAGCUACGCUGAGUUCCGCACGGUGCACGACCUGCAAGACGUGACCCUGAGCAUGCACGUGCGCUCCACGCAGAACCACGGCGUCAUCGCGUACUCACGCGGAACAACGGACUACAUGAUUUUGGAGCUCUCCGAAGGCAGGCCGCAGUUCCGCUUUGACUGCGGAGGCGGGCCCGGCUCGGUCACGUCCAUCCAGCCAGUGAGCGACGGCGGCUGGCACUCGCUGGCGCUCGCCCUGGACGACACCCGGGCAAGGCUGACGGUGAACGGCGUCGAGGCGAGCGGGCCGUUGCGUUGCCCGCCGGGCUGGCGGGGCCCGCUGCCCGCCGACGCGCGGCUCUACCUGGGCGGCAUCGUGCGGCGCCGGAGUGGCCGCAGCGCUCACGGCGGCGUCAUGGUGAGCAGCGGCUUCCGGGGCUGCCUCGAGAUGCCCGCGCUCAACGGCUUCGACCUGCCGCUCAAGGCGCCCUCCUCGUCCGCCCUCGUCAAGCUGGAGGAGAGCGUGGACGUGUCCUCCUCGUGCCCGCUCGACGAGUGUGAGCCCGGUGUGGAGUGUGAUGCGUGUGCCUCCAAGCCGUGUGCCAAUGGAGGGGUUUGCCAAAUGUCGGGUUCUAGAUACACGUGCAGCUGUCCUCGAGCGUUCACUGGCACAAGAUGCCAGGUCACUGCUCUGUGCACGUACACAUUCCAGUGUGAGAAUAGUGGGAUGUGUAAAGACAGCCAGGAGGGGCCUCUCUGCCUCUGCCUUGAUGGCUUCACUGGGGGAAGGUGCGAGAGCGACGUUGACGAGUGCCAGACGGUGGCGGGCGGGCCUUGCUCCGACGGCGGACGCUGCCUCAACACGUACGGCUCGUACGUGUGCAACUGCACCGACGGCUUCGGCGACCCGACCUGCACCAAGAUCCCCAAGGUCGAGUCCAUCGGCUCGUGGCCCCUCAGCUCGGAGGAGCUCAUCGGGAUCAUCGUCUUCUUCGUCGCCCUCGUCAUCCUCGCCGCCGUCUUCGUCGUCUUCCGCAAGAGGAUCUGCUGCCGGCACUACGCCGACCGGAACAUCGCGCUGGUGCAGGGAGACCCCGUGACGGCCUCCUUCGUCGGGAAGUCGUACGCCUUCCCACCGAACGGCCGGGCGGGCGGCGGGCAGCACGGCAACCGCGACCGCAAGCGCCACCACGGCAACGGCAGGCAGGGCGGCUCCUCGGCCCACGCUCCACCCCAGGUGCCCGUGCGACCCAUGUCGUACACGCCCAGCCUGCCCGGGGAGUCGCGCGGCCCCGGCGAGGGCUCGCAGGGCGGUCACGGCGGAGAGGCCCCCGCCGCCGCCGCGGCCGUGCACGGCUCGCGCAAGGUGGUCGCCGUGUGCAGCGUCGCGCCCAACCUGCCGCCACCGCCGUCGUCCUCCAACCCGGCGUCCGACAGCGAGUCCCUGCAGAAGGACAUUGAUGGCAAGCAGGGCGGUGCGGUGCCCCCACGGGCGCUGCACGAGGCGGACGGGCGCUCCUACCCGCCGCAGCGAGACCCCCGCCUGUGCCCCCGCGACGUCCCCGAGGGCGAGCCGAGCGCCUACAACCCCCGCGACAGCAUGUCGGAGGUGCAGUCGCUCAGCUCCUUCCAGUCCGAGUCCUGCGAUGACAACGCAUCCAUAGUGGAACCGGCAAGGAGUGUACACCGAGGCCUGACGUGGGACACUUCCGACUGGAUGCCGCACAACCAGCUGCCGGACAUCGACGAGUCGGGGGAGGCGCCUUGCCCGGAGUACGCCGACCCCGCCGAGAUCGAGGGCGACUACUACCUGGGCGGGUACGACAUCGACAGCGAGCUGCCGCUCCCCGAAGACGCCUACGACGAGCGCUUCGACCCGCUGCUACCGCUCUGCGCCGUGCCGUCCACGGGCAGCAUCGACGCGCCGCCCGGCGGCCCCGCGGCCGCCCGGCACCGCCGCAACUUCCACCCGAGCCAGUACCUGCCGCAGCACGAGAUGCCGUCGCGCCGCUCCGCGGGAGACUACGGGGCGAUGUUCACGCGCUACGACGGCGAGUACGACCUGGAGACGGGGGGCUCGCCGCCGCCCUCGCGCGCCCGCCGCAGGCUCGACGCGUCGGCGGGCCGCGAGCUGGCGCCCGACGCAGAGCUGGACGGGGACGACGUCGACGGGGAGGGCCCGGACGACGCGCUGGACGUGAAGAUGCCCGGCGUCGUCACGAGGCACCACACCCAGGUCUAGCCGCCCGGCAGGACGUUUGCCCGGCUGGCUGAUGCCGCCACCCCGGCCCCAACGCUGCGAUUUUCCGUUUUGAGUUGAGGAAGAAGCGUACGGUGAACCGACGCGGCGUGAAAGCCCAACGCAUAUGCGUAGAAAUGAAAAGAAGAGGAAAUCGGCGUGCUCUAAACUUUAUCACCAGCAGCUCGGACACGUUGCCGUGUUCCACCAAGCGCCGUUGUGUGGAUGUUUAUAGUGAAUAGCGCCGUAAUUUCGUCACAGCGUUGCUCUAGGCAUUGGGAGAUUUAAACAAAGUUUAAGCACAGAGCACGAUACAGGGGACAGAAUCACAAAAACUGUGGAAAUGCCUGGCACCCAAGCACAAUUAUAAUAACCAAACACUGUGCCUAUGUGUUAGUCGAAAGCACCUUGACCACAUUUUACUCUGAAGAUGCCUGCCUAAGCCCCAACAUGUAUUUCUGCCACAACUGACUUUGCUUUGACAUAUUCUUAACAAGACCAAUUAUAAAAGUAACAUAAAAGCACACGGCUAUGAAAAGACUAAUUACGUGAAGAUAUGAAGAGGACUUUUUUUUACCAUUUUAUGAAUCGGUGUAAGAAAAAAAGCGCAGCUUUUGACAUUUUUUUAAUUUCCAUUUCACAUCCAUUGAAGGUCAUAUAUAUGUGUAACUGUUGGACAAUACUGCCUUUAAUUAGCUCAAAGCAGUCGGGUGUGUGUGUGUUUAUCAUUCGCUGUCACAUUUCAAAUUUCACACCAUUUUUUCCACAUGUAUUUUUACGGAAUAAAUGUCGUAGGUUUCUCACGCGUGCUUUUUGAGUUUCUGUGUAAAAACCUGUUUUCAAGUGGAUUUAAAAAUGUUGUAUUUGUAAGCAAUUUUUGGUAACAGGUUUAUAAAGAAAUGAUUUGUUUUUUUAUAAAAAUGGGAAAAUGCAGUGCUAUGAAAAGCAAUAGCAUUCACUGCACUAACGGAACAGUGUGGUUGUUUUUGUAACGUGUUGAUUUAAAUGUUGCAGAUAUAAAUAAGUGAGGAAAAAAACAAAUACUUGAAGUAGCUUUGGUGCUCACCAAAGUAGGCCUUUUUUUUGUUUAUAUCACAGGCAAAGUCUGCACUGUCUAAUACAAGUACAAAAUAACCACUGCUGCUGCUCCCACUGCUGCCGCUGUGAGCAAUGGUACAUGGCCUGUAAUCUAGGCUGAUGGCAGGUCGGGGUUGAGGAAUUGCUUGAUGAUGGGAACACAAUCUUUGCUAAAGUUGUAUGUGCCAUUCGUCAGUUCGCAAGUGUUGUGUGAUUAGUACAUCUGAGACGAAGCGGGCACAGAGCCUUAUCGGGACCGUUUAAACCGAAGGGUGUUAAAAUACAAUGUUUUGACGGCCAAAUGUAAUCAGAUAUUUACAACAGAGCACAAUCCUCGAGUUGGCAUAAGUGAGGCAAAGUAUGAUUGCGUUUGAGGCUGCCUCAAUGGUAUGAUUUAAAUUGCUGUGUGCACUGUUACUAUUUAAUUUAAAAGUGAGAAUAGAGAGUAAAUAUUUACAUACCUGCAGAUAAUCAUGGCCUUGUUUAACUGCUUACAUCUGCAGGGUCAACUCUGGGUAGGUAUUAGCCAUUUAUCAAGUGAGUAUUCUAACCCUGUCUGUUUUGGAGGCUGGUUACAAGGUGUGGUUUAGUUCUUCCUUGCAGCAGAUUGAUGUGUUGCCAUUUGCCAGUAUAACUGAAAUAACGCGUCUGCUUUGUGGUGUAUUGGGACUUGGGAAACUGCCAUUUGCUUUGUCCUGUUCAAAGUUAUAUUAGAAUAAAACUAUACAUUGUGAAAUAACCUGUGCACACAAUUCA